AUGCCAGCAUUGGUGCCAGCACCUGCAUCCGCACCUGUGCCUCAACCAGCACCACCCCCACCACUCAAAACCACCACACAAGUGCCAAUUGUGUCUAAUAAUGAGGUUCCCAAUUCGGUUUUCACUGUAGAACUCAAUAAACCCACCAUCGAUUCCAUCAAACACUCUACAAAGCCCUCAAGAAGGCAUGCAUUUCUAUCAUUGGUCAAGUUUGAUAUAAAACAAUUUGAAAAAAAGUCUGUUUAUGAAGAGCUCAUGACGUAUAUGUUGAAUGUAUGGUGGGUAUUUAGAGACUACGCCACCAACAUUGUUCAAACGGCACUCAAUCUACGACUGCCUAUAUCCUCAGAACCUGACAAGGAGGUCACCCAUAAGGCAGUGCUAGUCCUAGAGCUAUUGAAGAAUCUGAACUUCUUGCACAAGUUGGAACUGGGUGAGGACAGCAUUGAAUGGUACCUGCUUCUGGAGGCUGAAUAUUUUGUCGAUGUCAUUGUAGACAUCAUCUGGCAGAAAAGACUUUAUGACACAAUUGCCCUCACUGAGGCUGCAUUGCAGAAUGCACUGAAAGCUUAUUGGAUAGGCAGGUUUGAGUCCAUCAAUGCUUCGGCAGAACAGUUCUAUGAUACAUACAAGGUGAUCCUAGUGCUGAUUGACAGUAUUCGAGCAGAUUCUGCUCUGAAAGUAAGGCAUGAAAGGCUUCAGGAACUCAUUGUGACAUGGGGUUAUAACAUUUGCUUUGGUAAUAUGUAG